AUUAAUUUAUCACUUUACACAACGACCGCCGUAAUACUUCUUGAUGGCGAAGGAAAUAGAAUUCUUGCAAAAUAUUACGGAAAUAAAAAUCCAUAUCCCACUCCAAAAGAACAAAAAGUCUUUGAAAAAGGAUUAUUCGAUAAAACCAGAAGAGCAAAUGGCGAAAUUAUUCUCUAUGAUAAUCAU